AUGGUAUGUAUUAACAGGUAUAUUACAAACUUGCAAUUGGACCAAUUAAUCGCUAUGUUGCUGUUGCUGACUAGCCUGUUGGCUAUUCUAAUACAACGGGUAUUUGCUGGUAGCUAUGAUAGCACCAGGUUGUGGCAAUCUGUUGGGUUAGUUGGAAUCUCCGAGAUCAACGAAUGGUACGGUGUAAUCACUGGAGCAAAUGAUGAAAACACGAUAGAGGAUCUAUUUGAAAGCCUUCCGAAUGAUCAUGCUAAGCUGUUGCAAUUGACUUACGAUCUGCAUCCUGGUUAUACAGAAUUUGCUGGCGAAGAUGACACUGGAUCGUUGAACUGGUUUGAGUUAAACAAUAAGAAGUACGUUAAGCCUGAUGAUUCAUUUUACUUGAAAUCGGAUGAAUUGAAGGCUCAGAGUCAAAUCAGUGAUAACUUAGUGUUGCAGGAUGGUGAAUUAGUUGUUGGAACCAAUCCCACAGCGCCAUUGGUAGUGUUCUACGGAAGCGCCGAGACUGGAGAUUUCGAAGAUUUCAACAGAAAUCUUUACACAGAGGCAAUUGGCGGAAAGAUAAGACUAUUAUGGCGCCCUACAGGACCUGCGAAGCCGUUAAGUGAUUUAGAAGUUCCAAAUGAGUACGCAUAUGAAUAUUCUAUUAAUGCUGAAUCGUGGGGUAAGGAAGUGCAGGGUGAUUUUGAUUUGCCUGCAGAAUACUCUUCCGAAGAAUAUAUCGUCGGCGAUAUUAAAGAAGGUACUGAAUCAGAAUUAGCCGUCGUUGUGGCUAGCUUAAUAUCUGACUAUUAUGAGAAGACUAAUGAUUUCCACAAGACUUUUGAAUAUGCUCGGAAAAUAAUAAACAACUAUCCAAUUUUGAUGGACAAACUUACAGCUUCUCCUGAAUCUUUGAACAAAACUUCCUCAUAUGUUGAGAAGAUUUCCAACCUUGGUAUUACUUAUGACGCUAUUGGCGUAUAUUUGAACUAUCAACACUGGAAGCUGUCUGAUUUGAAUCCCUGGAAUUUUAUUGCUGCUGUUACUUACGAGCUAAAGAUGUUUAAGAGUCUAUUUUCGACUCUAAAGGGUGCGUUUCCCGAUUUAGAGAAAGAAGAUGUGAAAUCGAUUUUACAGAAGUACUCUGAAGUUGGUGUGAUGAACCUACAACAUUUGCAACCUGCACGCUAUGACUUUCACCGUAUACCUGGUUUUAGUGAGAGUGUUAUUUACUUUUGCGAUAUUGAAAAUGAUGAAAUAUAUGCAAACUUGUCAUCCGAUACCAAUGCCUUCUUUCAGAAGUCAAAAUUUGGUGAGCUCCCUGAAUACAAAGAGAACUGGAAUGAGUUCAUAUUUGUUAUUGACUUUGACAAUUUAGCUACUAAAGAUACAAGCGAGAUUUUUGCCGGUUUUAAGCGUGCACUAGAAGUGCUUGAGUUGGGUUACCCACAACGGAUUGGUUUGUUACCAUUAUUCCGUGGAGAACCAAGCGAAGUUGUAAAGCACAUCUACGCUUUGAAGGAUGAGGGUUUGGACAGCUUGAAGGAAUUUCUACAGAAAUUUGAUCCUACUCAGAAAAUUCCUGAAAUCGAAGGUAACCAAUUACCCCCAGUAAGUGAAAUUCUACACAAUUUUGGCAUAAAACAAAAUUCUGUUAUAGUUAACGGUCAGAUUCAUCCUUUCACGAAAAAUACAUGGCAUUAUAAGGUUGCCAAUAUAGUGAAAAAUGAUGUCAAUUUCGUCACUUCCGCAUUAAAGCGCGUUAAGGACACCAAAGCUCGGGAAAUUUUGCACUUUCACUCUUUGACGGCCCGUCACCCUGAAUAUGUCACUGAUUACUUUGAAGAUAACUUGUACACGAUCAUUAACGGUAGUGUUCUAGAUCAAAUCGAAAGCAGGGUCUUAUAUUUGAACAAGCCAUCGGAUGCGUUGCUUCACACUAUAACUGUAGUUGAUGACUUCAAUACAGGUUCUGCAAUAGAGAAGAUUAUCAAUCUUUUAUCGAUUAAAUUCACAGGUGUGAGAGUUCGGUUGGUUCACCGCGGUGAGGAAUUGGAAAACUGGGAGAAUCUAAAUAAGAUGAUUGUUGCAAUGACAAGCAAUAGCAUGCUAAUAGAAUCUCUUCGUACAACGAUGAACAAACCACCUGUUCCAAAAACGUUUGAUUCUGAAACUUACAGGGUAUUACGUCAAUGGCUACCUUCUCUUUCUAAGGAAUUUAUUGAGGCUGACUCUUAUGCUCUUUUGAACGGUAGGUAUAUUAAUUUAUCUAAUUGUGGGCCACUAAGUGUUGAUAUUUGGGAAGCUAUAAUUCAACGUGAAUCUAGAAGGACAUUAGAUUUUGUUGCUAUACUCCAAGAUGUAAUUCCGGAUCUUUCAGAAAGGGGUGUUUUGCCAGCGUUAGUGGAAGAAUCAGUUUCAUGCCUGUCAAAGAUGUUCUAUGGCGGCUCCGGUAUAUUUGAUAACGGCAUAGAAUACACUGGUGAGGCCAAGCUUCCACGUUUAGACAUUUUGAAGCUGUUAGAUAAAGGAAGUUUAAACAAUGCUAUUAGUUCUGGUAACGAAGAUGCUUUGGUGGAUGUUACUGUUAUAAUAGAUCCUGUAGAGGAAAGAUCUCAGAAGUUUUUGCACCUCGUUAAUUUUGUUAAAGAUUUGAGUUUUGUUAAUGUCAACUUAUUGACUAUUCCCACGUUGAACUUGAGUAUUAUACCUAACCACAGGAUCUAUUCAGAUGUCAAAUUAGACAUCAAUGAUGACAAUUACUACACGUUUUCCAGAGAUUUGCCUUCAAACGUAGUUGGCGAAGCUUCUAAGAAUGAUUACAAGCCUACCGCGGUAGUAGUAGAGGGACAUGUAUUUAAGGAGGAUACAAUUAUUAGCAAGUCCAAUGUUGAAGGCGAGAUUGGUGUUUGUUUGGAAAUAGUCAACUCCAGAGGAAACGUAAUCUCAAAAGGUAUUUCAAUGGGCGCUUUUGGAUACGUGCAAUUUCAACUACCAUCACUUGAAAAGAACCUCUCUAUUCGCAGCUGUGAUAGUAAAUAUGAUGUGGUAUCUUUCUCAAGUAACGCAAGAUCUGAUUAUCUUCCAAUGGAUACGUUCCACGUACAAGAUCUGAGUCCAAAAAGUAUUGUUAUCAAGGUAAAACCAGCUCCUAAUAACAAGGCUCUAGUCCGAGGUCCAGUGAAGGACAAUGCUAUCCACGUGUAUGUCACAAUCCAUGACUCGUUUGAGGCAUCUAUUUUUACUCAGCAAUUGAUGGCAAUUGUUACCGCGUUAAGUCCUACUACCGAGGUUCACUUUUGGAUCUCGUCAUACGCUGAACCUCCAUUGGCACUCAGAAAUCUGAUGAGAUAUACAACAUCCAGAACGAAUAACCGCGUUGUGUUCUCAAUGGUCUCCUACCACUGGCCCAAAUGGCUGCGUCCACAAAGAUUCUUGGAAAGACGCCUCGAUGUCAUGAGGAUUCUCUUUUUGGACGUGAUGUUCCCCGAAGUCGAAAUCGAAAAGUUGAUUCUUUUCACUAUCAGAACCAAGGAAAUUCCGGAUAUCGAAGCUCUUCACAAGAUAAACUCAUCAGCAUGCUUUAUCAUGAAAAAACAUCGCGGAGAAGGUUACUGGAAACAUGGAUACUGGAAAAAAUUCCUCAAAGGCAAUAAUCUCAGGUUCUAUGACGCAAGUAGCACUUUCGUAGUCAAUAUGGAAGCCUACAGGAACAAAAUGGCCGGUGAGGCCCUGCGUAUUCACUAUCAAAGGCUAUCUGCUGACGUUAAGUCGCUAGAGGACAUUGAUCAAGAUCUUCUAAACAGUCUACAGCAACAAAUAAAAAUAAAAUCACUCCUUUCGAAGGAGACAGUCCCACUGCUCUCUACAAAAGAAAUGGGUUCAUGGUAUUCGGAACUUUUGAAGUUCAUAACCCCCGCUUCAGAAGAGAUUGACAAUAAUGAAAAUGUAGAUCCGGACAAAGAAGAAGAUUACCUACAUGAUGAACUUUGA